AUGGAAUCAAACAAUACUCCUAACAGUCAGUCUCAGUCCUAUUCUAGCCUUCUUAACUUCCCAUAUGACAGCUUUGCUCCCAAUGUAAACAUUGGGACCUCUCAAAUCUCUGCUUUUAGUUCACAAACUAGUUCACAGCCGAGUCAGCCUCCUAGUCAAUCAGAAGAGACAGCAGAACAGCAUAGGGAGAGAAGAAUAUGGUCCACACAAGAUGACUUAGUCCUAAUAAGUGGCUGGUUAAACACAUCGAAGGAUGCAAUAGUUGGGAAUGGCCAAAAGUCAUGGUCCUUUUGGAUCCGUAUAGGAGACUAUUAUGGAACAAGUAUUCAUGUACGUGGUGGUGCUGAGCCUAGGCGCCCUGACCAUUGUAGACAAAGAUGGCAAAAAAUCAGUAAGGAUGUGAGCAGGUUCUAUGGAGCCUUUGCAGAGGCAGAGAGUGAGAAAGCUAGUGGCAUGAACGAUUUAGAUAUUUUGCAAAAUGCUCACCAAAUCUACACUAAGCUGUACAAGAAGAAGUUUGGUUUGGAGUAUGCUUGGAAUGUGCUACGCUAUGAACAGAAAUGGGUAAACCUGGAGGCUAUGAACCCCACUCCAAAGAGAACCAGCUCUAAUAAAAGAAAAGCUGAUGACGCUGCACCAUCUACAGGUUCUGUCGUUGGUGAGCACGAGAGCAGGCCUCCGGGCAUAAAGGUUGAAGAAGACAUGGACUCUGAAUACGACUAUGGUAUAAACAACCCAUUAGACUAUAGUUCCGAAGAGGAGGAGGAGGCUGAGACCUGUUACUAUCCUCCGCAACCAUCAACUGAGAUUGGAUUCACAACUCAAGGACCAACUGAUCCAACUCAAGGACCAUCAAAACCAGUCAGAUCGGAGGUUGGUGAAUCUGGAGAGGCUUGUUACUGUGGCACGAGAGAAGAAACCAUUCUUUCAAAUGGCCCCUGA